AUGCCAACGAGCACAACAACUACUCUGAUGACCACAAAUACAACUCCAACAACCACAUCAACCACUCCAAGUACAGCAACUCCAAGUACCACUACCACAACUCAAACGACAACAAUCGCAAAAACCACAACCAAAACUCAAACUACCACAACCCCUACUACCACAACUACUCCAACUACCAUGACAACAACUCCAAUGACCACAAUCGCAACUAUGACAACCAAAACUCAAACUACCAAUGCACGAACUCAAACUACUACCAUAACUAUUCUAAGUACCACAAAACCAACUCCAAUGACCACAACUCCAACUACCAUAUCCACCACUCCAACUACUCCAACUACCACAACAACAACUCCAAAAACCGCAAUCGCAACUACCACCACCAAAACUCCAACCACCACAAUAGAAACUGCCAUGACCACAACAACUACUCCAGCUACAACAACUACUCCAACUAACACAACCCGAACUCAAACUACCACGACAAGUAAUCCAACUACUAUGGGCACAGCUCCAAUGAUCACAACCACAACCCCCACUACCACUACCACUACCUCAACCCCAACUACCACUACCACAACAACAACUCCAACUAUCACAACAAACACUCCAACUACCAGUACCACAACUCUGACUACCACAACAACUACUCCAACUCCAACUACUCCAACUACCACUACCACAACCAUAACUCCAACUAUCAAAACAACCUCUCCAACUACCACAACUACUCCAACUCAAUCUACUCCGACUACUUCUACCACAACCCAAACUACCACUACCGAAACCCCAACUACCACUAAAACAACUCCAACGACCACAACAACUCCAACGACCACAACAACUACAACAACUACCAAGACCACAAUUACUCCAACUCAAUCUACUCCGACUACUUCUACCACAACCCAAACUACAACUACCGAAACCCCAACUACCACUACAAAAAAUCCAACUACCACAACAACUACCGCAACUACCACAACAACAACCCCCACUACCACUACCACAACCCAAAUUGCCACAACAACUACUCCAACUACUUCUACCAAUACCACAACUCCAGCUACCACAACAACUACUCCCACUACCAAAACCCAAACUACCACUACAACAACUGCAACGAUCACAAUAUCUACUCCAACUACCACAACCCCAACUACUGCUACAACAACUCAAACGACCCCAACAACUACUCCAACUACCACAACAACAACCCCAACUUCCACUACAACAACGCCAACUCCAACUACCACUACCACAACCCCAACUACCACUACCACAACUCCAGCUACCACAACAACAACUCCAACUACUUCUACCACAACCCCAACUACCAUAACCACAACUCCAGCUACCACACCAACUACUCCAACUACCACAACCCCAACUACCACUACAACAACUCCAACGACUACAACAACUACUCCAACUUCUUCUACCACAAGCCCAACUACCACUACCACAACAGCUACUCCAACUUCCACUACAACAACUCCAACUACCACUACAACAACUCCAACAACCCAAACAACUAAUCCAACUACCUCUACCACAACCCGACCUACCACUACAACAACUCCAACUACAACAACAACUCCAAUGACCACAACAACAACUCCGACUACCACAACGCCAACUUCCACUACAACAUUUCCAACUACCACUACAACAACUCCAACAACCCCAACAACUACUCCAACCACCUCUACCACAACCCCAACUUCCACCACAACAACUCCAACUACCACUACAACAACUCCAACAACCCCAACAACUAAUCCAACUACCACAACAACUACUCCAACUACCACUACCACAAGCCCAACUACCACUACCGCAAUUCCAACUACAACAACAACAACUCCAAUGACCACAACAACUACUCCGACUACCACAACCCACACUACCACUACA